AGCAGCACCCAAUUCGGAUGCUGCAGUUAUUCUGCCUUCCAGCUAGAAUGACCCCUCAAUUAACCUUGGAGGAGCUACUCGACUUGAAGUGAAUGAGGUGAAAAGCCAACUUGGGGUGGUUUUUCUUCCGUUAGAAAUACUGGAUCGGACUUCGGAGCUCUUUAAACCUGACGAGCAAUAAAGAGGAGCGGUUGGGUGUCCCAGUUGACUUCGUGUAGGAUUUGCCCUUUUACUGCGUUUGCUAUAUAAUUGACAUGUCAUAAUGGGCACACCUCGGGUGCCCCGCAAGGCCCUUCGCCCGUAGGAGGCUCCUCCUGGCUGGUGGCUGCUCGCAAGCAGUAGGAUGGCCCCGGCAGCCACGCACAGCCGGCCUGACGGGAGGCUGCGCUGCAGCCGGCUCGAGCAAGCCCCGGCAGCCCGGCCGGGCGGUCAAGGGCGUCGCCGGAGCCGCUUCCUGCGUCACGAGGGGCGCCGCCCUCCGGCGCGGCAGGCCCGGAGCCGCGCAGCCGCAGUGGGCGGGAGCCCUCCGGAAGUCCUUGGGCCAGAGCGAGCCGUGACCCCUCGGCGUCCUCGGUCGGAGCGAGGCCGGCCGCGCCACGCCGCCCGCCCGACCCGCGGGCCGCUCGGGGGUGCCAGGACCGUGUGCUUCCGCCCGGCCCUUUCCGGGGACCCGCGGCCUGGGCUGUUCGGCUGUUCAGUUCACUCAACCCCCUUUGUCUGCAUCAUCUCCAAACAAAGCGGCCAGGCCGCUCUCCGGCUCGGCGGCGACGCCCUCGGUGGCCCCGAGCCCGCGCGGCCGCCAUCUUCUGACAGCGCUGGCCGGCAGGCCAUUGUCCUGCGCGCCGGGAGGACGGGACAGCCGGUGCGUGCGCGGCGCCCAGCGGAGGCAGGCGGAGAGUCGGGGGAGGAAGGGCGGCGAGGUCCCGCUGCUGCGGCUCGGUGGAAAAAGCUGACCUCGGAGUGACUUGAUUAGUAAUGGAACAAAUGAGAGACUGCUUGUGAAGCUGCCGAGACAGUUCGAGGCAGAAAGCGGCUUGGGGCACGAGGGGAGGGGUUCUGGCCUUCCGUCUGUAGCCCAGGAGCAGGUGUCUGUUGGCUGAGCUUGCCACCUCCCGAGCGGCCUGUAGGACUGAUUCCUGAGCUCUGUGUUUCCGGUCAGCGUGUGCGGGUUUGCGGGUUUGCUGGCCUUUCCCGAGCACACGAGGCUGUUUCCUGACAGCAAGCCCCAGGUGCCCGCUGCUCCCGCGCCCUCCAGCCCUGCUGGGCAAAGUCGCGCUGACGACGUCUGUGGCUGUACUUCCUGUGGCCGUUUGUAAUAUGGUAAAGAAUGAAAUGCACGAAAGUGAUUCUUACUCUCAGUGCGCCCCACCCCACGCGCGCAAAUGACAAAAAUCCAGCCUUGUGACUGAAUCGUAGCUGUUAGGCGUUGAGUGGGGCUGCAGACGGUCAGCCACCAAGCAGAGCGGUGAGGUGCCCUGAUCCCCACGCCGUGGGCGAAGCUCCAAGUUCCUUGUAGUUUGGGGCGUUUCUCAUCUUUGGAAGGUCGACAGAAAAUUUUAUAGGAAGUUUUAAAAAUGCAGCUAAUGUGCGAUAACGAACUAGAAGAGUACUUAGCUUGGAGGCAACAUCCGUUGGGAGAAAGGGUGAGGUGUAUUUGCACAUUUCUUCGUGAACUGAAAAUUCACCUAGUGUAGACUUGAGAUAGUAUGCACUUUAUGUUACAUAACAAAAU